UCGACAUCAAUCGUUGCCUGGAGCUCGGCAGUUGGCAGUAGUCACUGCCGUCAUUUGGAAUAAAAACCGAUAAUUGAAUUAGCGGCGUAUCCAAUUUAUUCUCACUUUUGCUCAGUACACUCGUGUUGCGCUAUUUUUUCGUGAUUUAUAAUUAACGCAAUCAAUAUAAAGCUUAAAAAUGCCACGAUUACUGAAUGUAAAAAGGCAAUCAUCCGUCAACAUCAAGGACAAUCCAGAAUCCAAUAAAGAGAAUAUUAACGUUCAUUCCAAACCAUCCGAGGAGCAGGACUCCCCGAGAAUGGGACAGUUACGAGAAGCUUUUGAGAAAUUGACAAUUGAUGAGAAACGUCCUCUAAGGAAACGGAGGGCUUUGGUAAGGGCAAACGGAGUAGAUGAGAAUAUUGCAGUCACAAAGAAGAAUUAUAAAGAAAAGGAAAUGAGUAAGACCCGUGAUGACAGGGAGAGGAAAAAACCAGUGAGCAGAAAGAAAUCCAGAGCUUCAAGUAAGGCAGACAAUAAUACUGUGGAAAAACGAAAAACCAUAAAUCAAGCACAAAAUUCCAGCGUCCCCGCAAAAGUCACAAAGAAAAAACCACAGCAUUUUUCCUCCGAGAAAAAAUAUCAGAAACAAGCUGACGUUCCAUCAACAAGUGCUGAUUCAUUCCCCAAAAUUAAAGAUGGUGGAAAAUCGUCAAGGAAAAAAUCCAUCAUCAGUAUCGACUCAAAUAAUGAGUCUUCGACGAAAAUGAUGAUCCUCAAAGAGUCGUCGACGAUCGAUAACCAAACACCAGCAGCUUCGGUAAAACCAACCCCAAGGUCAAUCGCCGUACGUGAUAAUAUUUCCAUUCCAACCACGACCAAAAUAACCAAAAAUAAUCCUGGGACUAUCAAAACCGAGAAGAAAUCAACGAGAAAGCAUAUUCGCAAUAAGACUGGAGAAUUCGAAUUGACGAAGGGUAAAACUGUUUCAUGGAAAAUCAAUAAAACAGAGGUGUCUUCUCCAUCGAGCAACAAUGAAACAAUACCAGUGGAAAAUACGAGAGUCCCAGCAAAGCCCGAGGGAAUUGUUAAUUCCAAAGUUGAUUCACCAGCAGUUGCAUUGGUUAAACGCGAGAAGCCAUCGCCUCAGUCUCCUAUUGCAUCAGUAUCUGUGAAACUCGAAGGCCGAGGAACCCCUCCAGCCACAUCUACGAGGAUUUUGAGUGCUAUUGACAUGAACAAGUAUGAGAAAUCAACCGUCAAUGAACGUGGCAUAUCCAAUAAUAAACCAGGAAGUAAGCAGGAGCUUGCUGACAAUGGUAAUCUCCAAUCGACCUCAGGGAAUCUAGACGUGAUGAAAGGAGGAUUGAAAAAAAAUGAUGAAUGUUCCUUGGGGUAUCUUCCACCACACCAGCAACCCUCAAAGGAAGCGCCUGAAGCCAAGCUUCAAGUCAACGCUGUAGGGGCAUCUAAGCAGAGGAAUUCAAGCAAAAAAGACCAUCGACGUCAAAGAAAGGAGAAAAAAGUGGCUAAAGCUUUCGAGACACUUGCUGCACGCUUUGUCAGCACUGCCAAGAAAAUGGGAUAUCUCGAUGAUAGUAGUGAAGAUUCCUCGACGGAUGAUACAGGGGAUUCUGAGCAUUCCACAGACUGCAGUUGUUCAUCAUGCUGCAGCUGUUCGUCUAACUCAGAUGACUCUGAGCACUCCACGGAAUGUAGUUGUUCUUCUUGCACUGGUACGUCUUCCGAUUAUUGGACUGAGUACACUGUCAGCGGAUCCUCAAGCACUGAUUACUCUGAUUCCAGUGCAUCUCAUAGUGACACGUCAUCAUCGACCACUGAUUGAGUUUUGAAAUUCGAGAAAUGAUAAUUUUUAUUGAAUCAAUGUGUUUUUACUAUUUUUGGAUUCCAUUUUGAUGAAUUAUUUGUAAUGUAUCGUGAAAUUAUGUGAAUAAAAUUACCCAACCCUU